AUGAAGCUCUCCUCAAUUAAUACCAUGCUCGUCCUUGCCGGGGGAGCUGUCAGCCAAGCGACCAGCUUGAACAUCACUGCGAUCUCUGCUGCCAACAACGCCGCUCGCCUUGAGUGCUGGCAAUUAGCCGCGCCGCCCGUCUUAGGACGAGGCGCAGUGAACUUCGCUCUCGGCGACUUUGACGAUGCAUUUGUGGGCAUCAUACCGCCAAACACUACUGCGGGCACCUUGAACAAUGCCGCACAAGUACAAUACUCCCUAUUCCUGUCCGGGCUUGCACACAUAUCCACGCCCGAUUCCGGCCUGCCCGCUCACCUGAACGAGGUCUGGAUUUCUGGCGGUCGCCAUGGUAUGUUGAUCGCAGCGGACCUGAAGGAAGUGGCUGCAAAGGGCCACAUCACAGAGUUUCCGAGCCAGGAUAGGACAAUCAUUGCCCAGUUCCCAGUCGCGGGUAAUCAGGCACCCAAGCACCGUGUCCUUCACGUUGGACCAUGCACGUGGGCGGAUCUUGCUGGACUGUGA